AUGGCAAUGAGCAAAGAUGAAUUCCUACCCAAAGAACUCAUAAUUGACAUACUCUAUCGCCUCCCUGUAAAGUCCAUUGGACGAUGUAGGUGCCUUUCAAAGCACUGGCGCAAUUUUCUGUCAGACCCACAAUUCAUCAAACUUCACUUCAACCUCCAUGCCCAUACACAAGAAAAGAAACUCAUUAUCGUCACUUGGCAAUGCGAACUUUACACUAUCACGUUUAUCCCCCAAAAUGGUGGAGAAAUCCAUGGCAUUUCAAGAAAGGUAAAUUUUCAGCACUCGUCACACAACUGGAAAUCUGUAGCUGGCUCAUGUAAUGGAUUGGUUUUGAUGGUUGGUAGAGAAAAAAUACAUUUCUUGAACAACCCCACUACCUUAAAACACCAUCAAAUUCCAAUGUUUGAUUCGCUUCUUCCUCUGCACCGAACUUGUUACAUGUAUGGUUUAGGGUACGAUGUUGUUAAUGAUGAUUAUAAGGUGGUUGUUCUUUCUUAUCCUGUUAAAAAUAAGACUGUCACUUGUGUGUAUAUGUACUCAGUGAGGAAGGGUCUUUGGGAGAAACUUGAGAAUUCUCCUUAUGAUCAUUCACCUUUUGAACCUCGUUCUGGGGUUUUGGUUAAUGGGGCUUUGCAUUGGCUGGCUCGUACUACUUCUGAAAAUUCAACUACAAUUGCUGCUUUUGAUUUAAGUGUUGAUAAAUUCUCCGAGGGUGUCUUUGUAUAUCCACCAAUCCCAUAUUUGGACACAGAUACAUUUUGGAUGAUGAAGGAGUAUGGGGUUAAGGAAUCUUGGACCAAAUUUAAGAUUACAGUACAUGUUCCUCUAACUACACUUUUGUGUUCCAUUGGGGAUGAUGAUGUUCUAUUGGAUACUGAUGAAGAAUUGGUUGUCUACAAUAUGAAAGAGAAUCGGCGUAAGGAUCUCUUGAUUGAUGUAAAUCCUUUAUUCUAUGAAGGUCGAACUUUUGUGGAUAGCCUUGUCUCUCCUUACUUUGGCAGCGAAACUGAGGGUUAA